AUGGACGUUUAUGCUCAUGCAAAUAAUUCACUCAAUGGGUUACCACCGAAAAUUCGCGAAUAUGUUCAAGAGAAAAUCGCUUUGUGUCAACCAAGUAAUUUUCAUGUUUGUGAUGGAAGUGAACAAGAAAAUCAAGAAUUACUUGAUGCCAUGGAACAAGCCGGUGUCAUUCGCCGUCUCAAAAAGUAUAAAAAUUGUUAUAUCGCUACAACGGAUCCGCGUGACGUUGCUCGGGUUGAAUCACGCACUAUCAUCUGUACGAAGAACAUGAAUGACGUUGUAUCAACACCUCGUUCAGGUUUUCCACCUGUAACAGAUCCCAAUCUACCAAAAAAUCUCAAACAAACACCAUUAGGCAACUGGAUGGAUUCAGAUGAAAUGCUGGAAAUCAUGGAGAAACGUUUUGCCGGUUGUAUGCGUGGUCGUACCCUCUUCGUUAUUCCAUAUAUGAUGGGUCCAUACUCCAGUCCGUAUUCGAAAGUUGCUAUUGAGAUAACAGAUUCACCAUACGUUGUUGUCUCCAUGCGAAUUAUGACACGUAUGGGUACACAAGUGUUCAAAGAACUGAAAGUACCUGACGGUUCAACCGUUGUUAAAUGUCUUCAUUCGGUUGGUGUGCCAUUGCCAUCGGAUAAACCGGUGAGUUCAACAUGGCCAAGUAAUCCUGAACAAACGUUGAUCACACAUUUUCCGGAACGAAAUGAAAUUAUCAGUUUUGGCAGUGGCUAUGGUGGAAAUUCUCUUUGUGGCAAGAAAUGUUUAGCUUUACGAAUUGGAAGUACUUUAGCUAAACGAGAAGGAUGGUUAGCUGAACAUAUGCUUAUUAUGAGUAUCACCAAUCCAGAAGGCGUGAAGAAGUAUUUUGUUGCUGCGUUUCCAAGUGCGUGCGGUAAAACGAAUUUGGCUAUGCUUCGUCCAAAGGGUCUUCCCGGUUAUAAAGUUGAAUGUGUCGGUGAUGAUAUUGCUUGGAUGCAUUUCGAUGAGGAAGGUCGUUUACGAGCAAUCAAUCCUGAAUUUGGAUUUUUUGGUGUUGCACCAGGCACCAGUAAAUCAACGAAUCCAAUUGCAUUGGAUAUGGUACAUGAAAAUACGAUUUUCACAAAUGUUGCUGAAACCAGUGAUGGAGAUGUCUACUGGGAAGGAAUCGACCAAGAAAUCGAUGGACUUCAUGAAACUCUAAUUCGUUCAUGGAAAAACAAAAGAUGGUCGGUCGAUUUAGGCGAACCUGCUGCACAUCCAAACAGUCGUUUCUGUACAUCAAUAAAACAAUGUUCCAUUCUCGAUCCUGAAUGGAAUAAUCCUCAAGGUGUACCGAUUGAGGCGAUUAUUUUCGGCGGACGACGACCGGUCGGUGUGCCACUAGUCUUCGAAUCUUUCAAUUGGCAACACGGAGUUUUUGUCGGAGCAUCGAUGCGAUCAGAAGCAACAGCUGCAGCUGAAUUCAAAGGAAAACAAAUCAUGCACGAUCCAUUUGCUAUGCGACCAUUCUUCGGAUACAACUUCGGACAGUAUCUUUCUCAUUGGUUAUCUUUUGGAAAGAAGGAAGGUCUUCAGUUACCGAAAAUCUAUCAUGUCAAUUGGUUUCUCAAAGAUUCUCAAACGAAUCAAUUCUUAUGGCCGGGCUUUGGUGAAAACAUUCGAGUGAUUGAUUGGAUCUUCCGUCGUUUAACAAAUGACUUAUCUAAAAAAGCAUCAGCUCAAGAAACACCUAUUGGUCUUAUACCUGAUCAAAGCACAUCGGAUGGUAUUCGUGGCGGUGAAGUUAAUCCAGCGCUAUUGGAAGUUUCAAAUGAUUUCUGGCUCUCCGAAUGCAAAGCUAUAAGAAAUUAUUUUGAAGAAAACGUCAACGAAAAUUUACCAAAAGAAAUUACUUUAGAAUUAGAUGCACUUCAAAAGCGUUUAUCACACUCAAUAUGA